GGCGACGCAAAUAAAAUUAUAAUCAAGCUACUACACGUAAACUGUUGCAGCACUGUGUUAAAUUACCACCGUUCUGAUCUUUCAUCAGUAACGUUUCUCCUCUUCCCUGUAACGUAAGGUUUUGUUGUUUCUCUCACUCCUCUUCCUCACCUCACGUUAGCUGCGGUACCACGACCAAGGUCUCGCUGGCCUUGCUGAAGUUGCUGUUGCUGUGUGACGGCGGACGGCAGACAACGCGAACGCGUGAAUCACACCCAGUUGAGUCUCGGACUCCAGUGAGUGAGUGAAUACGUACUCAUCUCAUAAUCCUCAGCAGCAGGCGCUGGAUAAAGAUCCACAGUUUCGAAAGCUUGAAGUUUGUUUUGGUUUUUGUGUUAGGGGCAAUGAUGUUCAGGCUUCCAGGUGAAAAUAUUGCCACUCAAAUCAACGUAGCAAUAAACGAUGAUUAGUGGUUUUAAUGAAAUUUCUUACUACCGGGAUAUUCAACUCACCAGUCAGUGGUAAUACAAUACUGCCUAUGUAUUACAGUAGUUCAAAUGUGCAUCCCUUUUAGGACGCCGAAUGGAGUUAGUGAGGCUCUCAUUAUAUUCCAACAUAUGCUGCAGACUGUAGAUAAAAAGUAAAAUGUAGAAGAUAUUACACUGUGGGAUAAAAUAACAGGAUGAAAGAAAAUACAGCAACGUAAGUCAUUGCACUUUGCAAUCUUCAGAUCUGAUACUACUAAUGACGAGGCCUUUGCACUGGAUGUGAAGGUUGGUUUAAAACUUAGUUUUCUUGGAAACCUCGUGGAAGUUUUAAAAUGGGAAACACCUUGACAAGAGAAAAUCCUCUCUUCAAAAAAGAGGAAUAACGCCACAAUACGAAUGCAUAUCUAAAAAUGAAAUAGUGAGAAUGUAGCUGUUAUGUGACGAGAUUGCAUAUGAGGGCAGUACUUUCUUUGUUUUUUACAAGGAAUUGUCUCUAAGUUCAUUUAACAAUGAAGAUUUCUCGGCUUUUUUAAUCUGAAGAAAAUCCAUCAACAAUUAUCACUGGAAGAAGAGAAACAGCAGAUAUUUAAUAAAUCUUCACGACCUUCAUGUAAAAUGCUAUGAUCUCAUGAAAUCUCAACCGGUUAAUGAAUUUACUGGAUGUCAAGAAUAAAUUCAGACAUGCAACAUGUUUUUGGAUGCUCAUAUAUAAAAUUUAGACCCCAGGAAAAAGUUUCACAAAUUUCUACAAGCAUCAGAGGUGUGAAUAAAGAAAAUAAUGAGUCAACUAAUACUUGCCAUGCAAGAAGGAAGUUCAUACAUUUUUUGCGAGGCAAUUAACAAUUGAGUGAAAGUUUUAAAAAAUUCUAGUGAAUAUUUUAUUUUUUAUUUUUUGGCCGUACAUACCCUGUCAGACAAAUUAGGUGUGUAGCGUAUCUAGAGGACUUGUAAUCCACGAUUAAGGGUCCUAUUCAUUUAUAAGAACUUUUUUUCAUUUUUAUGCCUUAAUCUAACUCUCAUGUAACUGUGGCAUCUGGAAAUUCUUCAAUGAGUAUGGCUGUGAAUACCAGUAUCAAUGAGCGUAGCCAUUGUGGCCAGGGUCUUGAUAAAAGUGAAGAAAGUGAGAAUUCGACUUCUAAAAUCAAGGCAGAACUCUUGAAAUCUCACCUGUGUGGACAGUCAGAGAAGGUACAGGACGGAGACAUCAUGAUAUAUAAACCAAAUAUGAAAUUGAUUGUAUCUAACGAGGUAUACAACCUUCAAAAGUAUGAAUUUGGAAAAGAAAAAAAUGCGAUGCAAGAGAAAGUUAUCAUGCUUGUUGGUUCAACUGGCUCAGGUAAAACUACUUUAAUAAAUGGACUAGUUAACUACAUAUUUGCUGUUGACUGGGGUGAUAGCUUUCGUUUCAAAGUGAUUACAGAGCCAAGAGGCCAGACCAUUCACUUAUCGUCCUACACAAUACACCACCAAGAAGGUUUGAGAGUACCUUACACUCUAACAAUCAUUGAUACUCCAGGCUUGGGUGAUUUUCAAGGAAUAGAAAGGGAUACGGAAAUUACAGAACAAAUACGCACAAUUUUAACAACAGGAGGGAUAGACAAACUUGAUGCAGUUGGUUUCGUCGUUCAGUCUUGUCUUCCGAGACUUACGCCAACACAAAGAUAUAUUUUUGAUCAAAUAUUGUCUCUGUUUGGGAAGGAUAUUGCCGAGAAUAUACUGUUGUUACUAACUUUUGCUGAUGGUCAAAAGCCCCAAGUCCUGAGUGGCAUCAAAGAAGCGAAUAUACCGUACAGAAAAUUCUUCAAGUUCAAUAAUUCUGCUCUAUAUGCAUUUAACAGAGUAGGAAGUCGAGAAGAGGAUAAUGGCGUUGGUGAAGACAACGUCGACGCCAUGUUCUGGAAAAUGGGGGAAAGGAGUUUUGAGAGAUUCUUGAAAGAUCUGAGCGUGAUAAAAAGCAAAAGUCUCACUCUGACUAAAGAAGUUCUUAAUGAACGCCAUCAGCUAGCGAUUUUGAUCGCUGGGAUCCGAGUGAAUGUUCAGAUUGGUCUGCAUAAAUUAGAGCAACUGAGGAAGGAAGUGAAUGCUCUCACAAGUCACCAGGCAGAUAUUGACAGGAGCAAGAACUUCGUAUACACAAUUACCGAAGAGACCUUUGUGAAAGUGUCAGUUCCAUCAGGCCAGUAUGUAACAAAUUGUUUGAACUGCAACCGCACUUGCCACGAAGUCUGCGAAAUACAGGAUGAUGAUAGAAAACAGGAGUGUUGCGUUAUGUUAAAUGGGCAUUGCCGCAUUUGUCCUGCCAAUUGUUAUUGGAAACUUCAUAAAAACAUUCCAUACAAAUUCGUUUGUAAGCAGGUUCAAGUACAGAAAACUGCAGAAGAUCUGAAGAAGAAGUAUCACGAAGCAACAAAAAAGAAACUGUCUGCUGUAAAUCUUGUAAAAAAGAUAAAUGAGGAAUUUGAGGCAGUUCAACGAAAAGUCUUGAGAAUGACCGAAAGUGCGAGAAACAUCCUAGCAAGAUUGGAGGAAAUUGCAUUUAAACCGAAUCCUCUCUCCACGGUGGAGUACAUAGAUAUCGUGAUUGAAUCUGAGAAAUCUCAAGCGCGACCAGGAUGGCAUGUUCGAACCAGUGACCUGCUGAAUCUGAGGAAACAGGCGGAGUAUUUAAAGAAAAUCGUAGCUAACGAAUUUGAACCUUUUCCCAAUCUGUGAUAUCGACUUGAGUCUUAGACUACGAAUAUUUUUUAGUAGAUUGAAACAUUGGUAAUGAACUAUUUUCUUAAUUUUUUAUAUAUAUACACCAGUUAUCAAAAACCAUUUUAGCCAAACGAUGUACAUUGUAUAAUAUUUCUUGUUUAAUAAAUGAUAUUUAACUUCUUGUGCUGUAAUAAUUUUUCUCUCUUUCAAUGCCCGACCUUUUAUC